AUGGAUUCAGGAAGACAAGGCACCCUGUCACCAUCACUGCACAAUGACAUACUGGAAAUCACUGAAAACAAUGGUGAGUAGUGAGUUCAUAUUUAAAGGGUGGGUCAUUUUAAUUUUUUUAAUUUAUUCUUUUCAAUUUAACACUUAGAUGGAGGUAACAUACCCCAUUCAAUAGUGGGCCGUGUCUCUGCUUGCUCUGUGUUAUGACUAAAAUCCUUCAAAUAAGGAUGCUUGCUCUGUGUAGUUGGGUACCAGGUGCCUAUUAAUCAUGUCAAUAAAAGUACCGUAUGGUGACUGCAUGGACAUAAUGACUGGGAUUAUCAUAUAAUACAUUACAAAUGUUAUUGUUUUAUGUAUACGUCAUUAUUCUAAUGUAACCCAUUAUCAACCGGUUUCUGUGCUAACCCCUCUGGCACUCAGGGUUAACUGGAUACAUUCUGGAUAAAUUAGGUUUCUAGAACGUGAACAGAAUAAAUGGCGAUGCAAUGCUGUAUUGACCUUAAUUGUUAAUAAUCCCUAACAUUUGUACAUUUCUUUCAAAAACUGUAUUUUAUAUCAACACAACAUAUGUGGUUUUAUCCACUCAAAAGAGGUGAUUUAACUAAAAUGAAACAGAAGCACUCGUACAAAGUUUUAGAUCCAGAGCAAUAGCCAAUGUUCUUAGGUAAUGUGUAUUUGUGCCCAGGAGAUAGUCUAGCAUGCUCUCAAAAUGCUCCAGAAUAUCCAAAAUAUGUACAGAAUAACAGGUGCAGCAUGCUAGUUACAUCACCAUUAAUUGCAAAUGUACUUUGUAUUCACUGUGGUCUUCCAUGUUUAAAGAUAAGCAAACUGUAUAGAAGUCACGUAAGCUCGUUUUGGCUACUUUAGCACCCCUGUUUGUGAACUACAUAACCCAUAAUGCUUUGUCAGCCCUUGAGGCUUUAGACUAAGUACUGUGGGAAAUUCAUUUCAAAACACUCAGGGACGUUAGCCAAGAUUAGCCCUCAUCGAUGUAGUUAGUGCAUGAUUCACAGAAAUGGGUAUUCAGCAAUGAACGUGUUAAUGUGGGCUGUACAUAGGAUUCUUAGCUUCUGUUUUAGGAUAAUCUCUGAUAAAAUAACUUCAAAAGCUAUAAUCACACAUAAUAACUAUAGGUUCCAUUUACCUUACAUGACCGGAGAGUUGCAAUAUCUAACCGAACUACAGGAUAGAACUGUGUUUUUGUAUGAUAAACAGAGUCAGUUCAAAUGAUGUCAAAUUAUUAUUUUUAUUUUUUUUAAUGACCUUACUGAAAAACAUAUAGUAUGAGUAUUUAGCUUCCUGUACAUAUUUUGCCAGCUCUGUUGUUGCUUUAUUGUGUACAUUGAAGUUUCCUUGAGCCGUCAGUGAUGGUUAAAUAUAUUCAAAGCUCAUACAGUGUACACGCUGCUUGUCUUUUGCACACACUUCACUUUAUAAUGCUAGUGAGUGAAAGCUACACUAGAGGGCGCUAGAUGAAUAAGUAUGUGUUCAGUUGUACCACAAAAUGCUUGUAAACUGUUGAAAUAUGUCUAGAUGACGUACAAAUAUCAAAAUAGAUUAAAAAAAAUCACAAAAUGUUUAUUCACUAAGGUGAAAUGAGUGCAUGGUUACAUAGUGAAUCAGGCUCACAUUGUAUCAGUCAGGACAGUUUAGGUACUGGUAAAUUUCCAAUAGUGCUCUAUAGUGCUUAACUGUCUACAAAAUAAUUGUACCAAAGUCAUGAAAUAGAGUCAUGUCAGCUAUGUUUGGUUGUAGGGAAACACUGAAGUGAUAAUUAAAACAACAAAGAAAGCUGAACAUCUGUCACGUCAUUCCGCACUUUAAUAUGAGGGGAAUCUGUUGCACUUUAAUAUCAGGAGUCACUGGUUACCUUUGGGCAUCUUAUGCUGGGAGAAUGGGCACAAAGAGUGCUUAUACAGCAAUGCAGGUGUUAGAGAUUUACUUCCUAUUAUUAAGGCAAAAUAAAAAAAGUUUGAAAACCUACCUGUCCAACAAAACACACACACACACACACACAUAUAUAUAUACAUAUAUGUAUAUUGCUUUAGCGCACCCAACCACUACAAGUCAUUGGUUGGUGAAUAAACAUUUAAAUGUUGCUGGACAUGUGCCAGCAUAUACUGAAAUCUGACUUGGCCAUUGCAGCCAUAAUUUAAAAAAAAAAAUAGAUUCCCAAUGCUGAUUAUUACACAGAUUGCAGCUUGUGUAGCACUUGCACAAUAUUGAUAUCAAAUCACCUGUCUCUUAUUGUCAAGCUUUAAGUUGUAUUCAUUCAUUAAUUCAUUUGUUCGUUCAUUUAUUAAUUAAUUCAUUAAUUCAUUCAGAACAACAGUUUCCACUUACCAGUGAUUGAACAUUAACAUUUACUGAUAAAAAAAAAGUAGCACAACAUCUAAAGGAUAUAUACAGUAUGAUGCUCCUUUCUGUCAUGGAAAAAUGUUGGUACAUAUAGGUACACAGAUAAAUUAAACUAAUAUAACCAUCCAGAAUGCAUUGAAUUAGAAAUAAUGUAUUAUGAUUUAAUCAUAUCCAAUGUAUACAUGAUGCAUAUGAUAGAAAAAAAACGUAAAAUUUAACAUCUUCUAAAUCAAUUCAAUGCAAAUUAAUGUUUUCACAUUGAUUAAUUCCAUAAAUUCUAAGAUAUUUUCAUAAAAACCAAGUAUGAUGUAUCUGAAACAUAUUGUUAUUAAAAAGCAGAUACAAGACACAUUUUACAUAUUGUUUGCUGUUCAGGGAUUUCUAUAAAUUGAAAAUGAUGUGCAUUUAUAAAUGAAUCUCUCUAAUCAUUUGCAGAUUGGGGGAUAAAAUGUUACAGAUUGUGUCAUGCUUUAUAAUAUUGCUUAUCUUGAUAUAACAUUAGGUCAAAACAACCAAAUUAGAAAAAGCUAUACUUCCACUUCAAGCCUCUGGCCUACAAUUUGCCAUUUAUAGUUUAUUGGACAACCACAGAAUCAUACCCUGGCACUCCAGAUGUUGUGGACUACAUUGCCUUUGAUGCUUUGCCAGCAUUACAGCUAUAAGAGCAUUAUGGGACAUGUCCAAACGCCUGGAAUGCCAAAGGCUGCCUAUCCCUGCCUUAAACCAAGACAAUUUAACAGUGUGUUCUGGGCUCAGAUCAUCAACUAUAUAAUGCUUAACCAUUAUAUAGUUGAUGGGAAAGACACUACUACUGGAGAGAGGUAGUUCUCACCCCUAGUCAUGGGAGAAUAACAAAAAUUGCCAACAAUUGGAAGUUGGGGAAGUGUUUACACAUGGAUGUUUGCCUAAAGAAUAAAAUUUGCUUGAACCUGCCCUUUCCAUGGCAUUAUGGUAAAUUUGUGUCUGUCACUGAACCUAAAUUGUCAUUUGAAAUCCCACUUCCUUAUUCUUACAAAUUACAAUUGCAUUGGUGUAUUUUGUUAUGUGUUAAUGGUCUCCCCAAUAUGAAAGCCUGGGUUCCUCACUGGGUUGCAUAUCUGCUUUCUAUGUAAACAAACUCUUAGAGAAAUGGUAAACAGAUCCUACAAUUCUUUUAGAGUGUAAGCAAAUAUAAAUGGUUUUAGAACAUCAGAAAUUGUAAGAGGAAGUGUCACAGAACACCUGUAUCAUAAAUACUGUGGAUGUAGUGUACUAUCACAGAAAUCACUAUAGUUCCUUACAUAGAUUGAUUUUACAAUAACAAUAUAUUUAAAACUCGAGGCAUGUUGCGACUUUUGCAUUAUAAAGAACGUCUUAACCGCAUUUUUUAUGAAACAAUAUACUGGUGAAGCCAUAGACUGGUAGAUACUUGCCUCUCUCAAUACAUAACUUUCCUGAUUCCAAAAACUGCCAAUGACAAAACAAGUUAAAGAUAAUAGAUGUGCAUUUUGGUUUUAGGGCAAAUAUGAUUUAACGUAAUAUAACUUUGAAGAGAGUUUGUUAACCAGAAGCGAUGCUUGUGGCAGAUGUAUUGGCCUCAAGUAACCUGUGCAGUUGCCAAAUCCAGUUUAAUUAUUAUAUUAAACAGAGUCUGUUUCAAGGUUUAAAAAUAGGUUUGUUAAUUUGCUAACAUUUCUUUAUAAAGGAAGAAGGACAAAUCAGUUAAUUGGACAAUUAAGCAAAAAUAGACCUUUAGGUUUAUUUUUAGACUUCUGACAGCAACAUACUUAAAUAGUGUGUAUCGUCCUAUAGUUAAAUAUAACACAGUUGUCACUUAUUUAAUGGAAAAAGCCAAUUCUAAGUGAAAUUAAGUGUCACUUGUGUGGUAGACCUACAUCAAUGCUGUCCUAUGUGGCAUUGAUAUCUAUAGUCGGUGUGUUGUUACAGAGGUGUACAACAUUUGUUUGUCUCAACAUGUUUUCACUUGGUAAAUUCCACAUAUUAACUGCUUAUAUAUAAUAAUACAGAUUUGUUGCCAAACUUGCAAUUUCACUUGCUAAAAACUAAUGAAAUUAUUUCAUGUAAUGUUAUGCAUAGCACCACAGUCCUACUGGCACUUAUACAAAUAAAAUAUCAAUUGAAACAUACCUGUAAUGCAUACUCUUAAAAUUACAUGUUAAAGGAAAACUGGCAUGGUUUUUAUUAUUAUUUUAAACAAAUAGGUUACUGUAGGCUGUGUAUAUUUUUAUUGUAAUAUAUACUCAUAAGUAAAUACCUAUUUUAAGAGCAUAUCCUGGCUUAUCUGUGCUCCGUGGGGAUGACCAUCUUAAAAUCUUCUGUGGUCAACAGCACAGUUUAUCUGACCAAUCACCAUGCACAAUUAAUGUCUGUAACCAGGUUAGAAUGUGAUUUUGAAAUGCCCAUUGUUUAUGCAUGAUGUCAUUGGUAUUUGUGAAACCAUACUAACUUUCAAUUAUCUUCAUGGUAUUUAAUUGGUUAAGUGGUGUUUCUGAAAGAGUAGUUAAGGUGGACACCCCCAGAGAUAAAGAGUAUUGCAAACAUACACAAUGAAAAAUGAAUUUAUUUAUAUGUAUUCAUUAUAACAUAAUAUAUAUUAGACAUAGUACAUGCCAUCUAAAAUAUCAGAAUUUUUAAAAAAGUUUUCACUUAAGGAAGUCAGUGUAAAUGUCAAUGAUUAGUUGCACCAGCAAUGAGUGAUACAUUAGAACAGAGGAGAGGUACUAAGAUCAAUAUUGUAUGACAGUGUUCAUUUCGUUGACUAACAAUUUUAGUCAGAUUUUAGUUGACUAAACUUUUUGAGAUUUAGUUGACUAAAGCUAAAAUGGAUUUUUAGUUAAAAGACUAUGACUAAAACUAAAUUUAAAUUUGCUGCCAAAAUUAACACAUGGGAAAGGGAGGAGAGGAAAUGAGAUGCGUGGGGGUUUAAGGAAUGAGACAUAUAGGGGGCUGGGGGAUUGAGACACAUGGGGGGCUAUGGGAAUGAGACAUGGGGGCCGGCUGGGGGAAUGACACAUGGUGAAAUGGUGAGAAUGAGACACAUGAAGGGGCUUAGGGGGGGAAUAUACACAUGAAGAGGCAUGGGGGAAGGAGGGAAGGAGACACGUUGGGAAGAUACAAUGCAUGAAGGGGCUGGAGAACACACAAAGCAACAAAGCAGCAUAAAUUGGCUGGGGUUGAAAUAGACAAGGUGCUGGGGGAAGAGAACCAAAAUAAUUGAGCCAUGGGGGAGCCAGAGGGGCUGGGGACACACACAGAAACCGAGAGGGGCUGUGGAAGGGGCAAAAGAGACAGACUGGCUGGGCUUAGGAGAGACACCUAGAGGGGCUGGGGGACACACAAAGAGACACAGAGGGGAUGGGAACGGGGGAAAAGAGACAGAUAGAGGCUUUAACUAAACGCAUUAGAUUUUAGCCAUGUCAACUAAAACAAUUUAGAUGACUAAAAUUUUACUAAAACUAAAAUGGCUUUUUAGUCAAAAGACUAUGACUAAAACUAAUUUGAAAUGUGCCGCCAAAAUUAACACUGCUGCAGACCCACCCAUAGAUAGAGACAAUUCCUUGCAGCCAUCCCUGGUAACUGAUGGAGGAUUGAUACUUGAUGGUGGUAGUUUCGCCAAGAAGUGUCAAGCAUCAGAGAAAUAUUGAGACAAAGUACUUUGUCUCAGUAUAUCUUUUGACUGGUUUGGAAUUUUGGUAAUAUUCCAACACUAAGUAUUUCAUAAAGAUUUUAUCUUUACUAAAUACUAAUUUUGCAGAGGGGAGGGGUGACAGAACUUUUUUUUGCAAUGUUUUUUGCUUUUAAUUAUUUUCAAGCUUGGUUGUGUUGUGAUAAGUGGACUUGAAUUGACUAAUAUAAUUGCCUAUAUGAUUGUCUUAAAGGGACACUAUAGUCACCCAGACCACUUCAGCUCAAUGAAGUGGUCUGGGUGCCAGGUCCUCCAGGUUUUAACCCUUCAGAUGUAAACAUAGCAGUUUCAGGGAAACUGCUAUGUUUACAUUGCAGGGUUAAUCCGAAAAUCGCAUCCAGCGUGCAGAACAUCCAUAGGAAAGCAUUGAGAAAUGCUUUCCUAUGGACUGUUUGAAUGUGCACAUUCGGCUCCACUCGGACGUCGGCGGGGGAGGAGAGGUCACCAGUGCAGAGGGAGCCCCGUGCUGGAUAAAGGUAAGUGGCUAAAGGGGUUUUAACCCCUUCAGCGCCAAGGGAGGGGGACCCUGAGGGUGGGGGGGGGGGGGUUCUAAGGAUGAUAAGUUUGUUUCCUGACACUACAGGGAGUGCAGAAUUAUUAGGCAAAUGAGUAUUUUGACCAAAUCAUCCUCUUUAUGCAUGUUGUCUUACUCCAAGCUGUAUAGGCUCGAAAGCCUACUACCAAUUAAGCAUAUUAGGUGAUGUGCAUCUCUGUUAUGAGAAGGGGUGUGGUCUAAUGACAUCAACACCCUAUAUCAGGUGUGCAUAAUUAUUAGGCAACUUCCUUUCCUUUGGCAAAAUGGGUCAAAAGAAGGACUUGACAGGCUCAGAAAAGUCAAAAAUAGUGAGAUAUCUUGCAGAAGGAUGCAGCACUCUUAAAAUUGCAAAGCUUCUGAAGCGUGAUCAUCGAACAAUCAAGCGUUUCAUUCAAAAUAGUCAACAGGGUCACAAGAAGCGUGUGGAAAAACCAAGGCGCAAAAUAACUGCCCAUGAACUGAGAAAAGUCAAGCGUGCAGCUGCCACGAUGCCACUUGCCACCAGUUUGGCCAUAUUUCAGAGCUGCAACAUCACUGGAGUGCCCAAAAGCACAAGGUGUGCAAUACUCAGAGACAUGGCCAAGGUAAGAAAGGCUGAAAGACGACCACCACUGAACAAGACACACAAGCUGAAACGUCAAGACUGGGCCAAGAAAUAUCUCAAGACUGAUUUUUCUAAGGUUUUAUGGACUGAUGAAAUGAGAGUGAGUCUUGAUGGGCCAGAUGGAUGGGCCCGUGGCUGGAUUGGUAAAGGGCAGAGAGCUCCAGUCCGACUCAGACGCCAGCAAGGUGGAGGUGGAGUACUGGUUUGGGCUGGUAUCAUCAAAGAUGAGCUUGUGGGGCCUUUUUGGGUUGAGGAUGGAGUCAAGCUCAACUCCCAGUCCUACUGCCAGUUCCUGGAAGACACCUUCUUCAAGCAGUGGUAUGCAUCCUUCAAGAAAAACAUGAUUUUCAUGCAGGACAAUGCUCCAUCACACGCGUCCAAGUACUCCACAGCGUGGCUGGCAAGAAAGGGUAUAAAAGAAGAAAAUCUAAUGACAUGGCCUCCUUGUUCACCUGAUCUGAACCCCAUUGAGAACCUGUGGUCCAUCAUCAAAUGUGAGAUUUACAAGGAGGGAAAACAGUACACCUCUCUGAACAGUGUCUGGGAGGCUGUGGUUGCUGCUGCACGCAAUGUUGAUGGUGAACAGAUCAAAACACUGACAGAAUCCAUGGAUGGCAGGCUUUUGAGUGUCCUUGCAAAGAAAGGUGGCUAUAUUGGUCACUGAUUUGUUUUUGUUUUGUUUUUGAAUGUCAGAAAUGUAUAUUUGUGAAUGUUGAGAUGUUAUAUUGGUUUCACUGGUAAUAAUAAAUAAUUGAAAUGGGUAUAUAUUUGUUUUUGUUAAGUUGCCUAAUAAUUAUGCACAGUAAUAGUCACCUGCACACACAGAUAUCCCCCUAACAUAGCUAAAACUAAAAACAAACUAAAAACUACUUCCAAAAAUAUUCAGCUUUGAUAUUAAUGAGUUUUUUGGGUUCAUUGAGAACAUGGUUGUUGUUCAAUAAUAAAAUUAAUCCUCAAAAAUACAACUUGCCUAAUAAUUCUGCACUCCCUGUAUAGUGAACCUUUAAAUUACACUUUUUUUCUAGAAGAUUGUUUUAAAUUGCACUAUGCUGACUAAAUUUUUUCUUUCUGUUCACAUCUUUAGAGAUGGUGAACUGAAAUUAUGGAUUGGAAAAUCAGCCAGGGAUGCAUUUGAUUUCAAACUCAAAGUCCAAUAACCAUCAUUCUAGGUUAUCAGAUUUAUCUAGAGAUGGAGACUGCUUGGACUUAAUGUUCCAGACUUCAUGUUUCAGCUAAUUCUCUAUAAUACCCAGUUGCAUUGUGUUUAUUAAACCAACCUUUAGAUUUCAUCAGAUCUGUUGGCACCCAGUGAUGUCUAUUUUACUUCCAUGAAUUCCAUCAUUUACAGCAGUUACAAUGGGCCAAUGUCAAGAACUGCAUUGCAAGUUAUUUUCCACAAGAGAUACCUUUAAAAUAACAAUGUAGUGGAAGUUAUUAUAGGACAGUGUGUUCAGGGAAAGCCUACAAUAUAUCUACAUUGGAACUGUACACUAUGUACAGCAUAGGAAAAUUUAAAAAAUUGCAUCAGAGGUAUACAGAAGAACAAUAUUUUUGCACCGUUUGUUGAUCAGAUUUUUAAUUUAAUCAGAGAUGCUUAUACAAAGCAUAUAUUAUUUUGAUGUAAACCUUCUUUACACUUUUUUUUUAGCAGCAUCCUUGUUAAACUAGAUGAUUAAUCACUCUCUUUAUUGGGUAGAUAGAUGUUUUUAUUACAUCAAAUAACUUGAGGUAUUCAGUAGUUCAGCAGUGUGAAAGUUGAAUUAAAGGAUUGUGCACUGCAAAAAUAUAUGUUGAGCCAAAUAUAGCAUCAUUUUAAAAUUGUUACUCUACAUUUGACCACUAUGUUUAACCCCUUAAGGACACAUGACAUGUGUGACAUGUCAUAAUUCUCUUUUAUUCCAGAAGUUUGGUCCUUAAAGGGUUAAACUAUUAUAAUGUGAUACGCUUUCUAUAAAUCAUUUAUGGACUUCAUUUGGCGAGCUGUAUGGAUGUUAAAGUGGAAAACAGGUUAGUUUGUGAUGAGCUUAUUAUGAAGCCAAAUUAUCAGAUAUAUUUAUCACUGGCUGAUAGGGAUCAAUGUAAAGCUUACUGUAAUAUCUUUAUACUCACUGGAAUAUUAUCUGUUCAGCAUGAUAUAACCUGAUCUUGCAUUUUGCAGAGUAUGAUAUUGUAGUGGCACACGAAGUUGACAGAGAUGGAAAUUAUAUCACACAUGAAAUUAGCCAUAGCCACAGAAGAAAAAGAUCACUACAAAAUAUUGAAACAGAUCCUUUGCAUCUCAAUCUACAAGGACUUAUCCAGGACUUUCAUUUGGAAUUAAAAGUAUCUAAUCACCUUCUUGCACCUGGAUUUGUAAUACAAACAUUUGGAAAUGGAAGGACUAAAUCAAUUGAACCAUACUCAUCUCGAGAUUUCUGCUUUUACCAUGGGUCCAUACUCUCCCACGAAAACUCAUCUGUAGCCCUCUCUACUUGCAAUGGCCUGGUAAGUUAG